UCGCAAUUGAACAACAAUCGAGGAAAAUUAGAAGAUGGAAAGAAAGUUGCUUGCUGAAUUAUUCCCCAAAUAACACAUUUCUCACCUCUGACAGAGUUCAAUGGCUUGUUUCAGAUAACAGGUAGAUGACAGGCAGAGAACAGAAUGAUCAAGAGAGCUCAGACAAGUUCAUAUGAUCACCACCAAAAUGGCGGGGAGUCCAAACAUAUGACAAGUAAUUUUUCUAUGAGGAAUUGGAUAAGAGUAGCUGUUUUAACAGCUAUCAUAGUUGCUGUUAUAAUCCUCUUUGACAGAGGACAGGUCAUAAAGAUAACUACCAUAAACCAAGUCAAGAAAUCCUCCACACUCAACAAAUAUGAUGUGUGGCCUCCAUUCUCUGUCAAGCAGAAGCAUACCAGGGAGUGGUUUGUGGUGGAAUGCUUUAGUGGAACGCACUCGGAAGAUGUGGAAAGUGUGUUUGGACACAUUCUAUCCUUGUGGUCCGAGUCUGAGAAUCCUGAGUGCAUUGAUACAUACCAGAAGUUUACUGAGCUUUAUGAAGUGCACGACCGCUAUUCCAAGAAGCUGGAUUUACCUGGGCCAUUUGCCAAACAAGUGAACUCCUGGUUUCAAGGCAAUAAGGCACUGAUGGAGGACAUCCACCACCAGCACUUGAUCCACGUGUUCCAUCCACUAACAUCUGAGCACACUGUAUAUAAUCCUGUUCGAGCAAAACGGCCCAUGCCAACCCAACAGAUGAAUCUCUACGAAUGGGUGGAAAAGCUCGCCGAAGAGACCAGUAAAAACUGCGAUUUCUGCAAGUACAACGAGAUGACUGCUGUUGAUGAAUUUGGAAGAGACGAUAAAAGUGACACUGCACGGGUGACGAACACUUUCAAAGUGGAGGCAUGGCACAGUAUGGUGGUAACCAAGCACCUCCAUCACCCACUCAACUUCACCAAAGAACUCAUGAACCACUUUUUCAAAGCUGCCAUGUCCUGGAUUUACGAAGUUAGCCGCAAGGAUCCUGCCUACAUCUACCCCAACAUAGCCUGGGACACCUUGCAUCAUGCAGGUGCUUCCCAGAUCCACCCUCAUAUCCACAUGAUGAUGGCUCCAGACCACUACUAUGGGUACUUUGAACUCAUGCGCUCAGCAGCCCAGAGAUACUACCAGGAGAAGGGUGAGAACUACUUCAACGCUGUGCUGGAAGUCCAUGCUGCUUUGGGGCUGGUGGUGGAGUACGGAGAUGCGGUGGCUAUACCUAUUAUGACAGGCAAAGCUGACUUGGAAGUGAUGUUCCUGAGUGAUUAUCCAGGGGAGGACUUCUACAGUCUUAUUUACCACACAAUAAAUGCUUACCAUGAUACGUUCACUCAGUUUUGUAAAAGUUUUGUGGGUGCGUGGCCGGCUCUAGGAACCACAGAGGCAGCUUCCCGGGGUAGAAUGCCUACUGUGGCAAGGCUCAUUUCAAGAGGUGACUGUACAUCCCUUAGAACAGAUUUCAGUUCGUAUGAGAUCUUCCAGAUUGUUUACAGAACACAUGAUCCAUGGCAAAUUGUAGCAGCAAUCAAAAAGGCUAUUAAGAAGAAUGGUGGUAAUUAGGUUGAUAAACAGGUCAUAUUCUUAAGGGGACACAUAUUUUUCAGUUUUGUUGGUAUAUUUUAUUUUUUGCAGCAAUUGUGAUUUAUAUUAAUAUUUUCUGGAUAAUACAUGCAUUGACAUCAUUAUACAAAUGUGUGUGUGUGUGUGUGUGUGUGACAGUGUGUGCAUUUAUGCACAUGUGGGCCUGUGUGUGCAUAUGCACAUCAGUGUCUGCAUGUGUGUAUGUGUAUGAGAGAAAAUGCAUUGUUGUUAUUGAGCUGUUAAACUUUGUUUUACAACCAUUUUUGGGUGUGAAAGAAAAAAUACAUUGUCAUAAUUGAUUAAUUUAUAGCUAUUUUUGGUACUCCAAUAAUUCACAUGCAAUGGCUGUGCUUAUUAGGUGCCAAUGUACACCAAGUAUUAUUUGCCAAAACUAUUUUGUUUAAGGGACCCUGUGAUAGGAUCAAUUUAUUUCCGUUUGUGCAGUAUUAUUUUCCUGUGUCAGUGAUUAUCAUUCAUUCAUAAUUACACACUGCAUGUGUUUGCUCAUCCAUAGGUCUCAUGUACAGAACUUCCAAUUUAGUUUUGUGAUCUUCAUCAUAGAGGCAUAUUUUUAUGGUAGUUUCUUAAGAAGAUUCAGUUGCCUCCUUUGACAAUCAGUGGUCUCUCUCUUUUUUUCUUUUUUUUCCCCUCAAUCAUGUAUACCAUCAAAUCAAAAAUUUUCUUCAGUCUUUGUAAUAGGCCCUCCAUUUUCCAUGAAUGUGCAUAAAAAUUAUUUUUUGAGAGCCAUUUAGAUACUAUUGAUGUUUGUGAAACUUUCUGAACCUUUUGCUGUUUUGAAGAUUUGAAUUUAUUUCUAGUCUAGAAUCGUAAAUAAAAUAAAUUUUAGUGGUGUAUGUUAAGGUGUUGCAUCAAAUAUUUCUUUUCUCCGGUGCACAAAAUAAUGCUGAUUGGGUAUUAUGCUCUUGUCUUACAUGCUGAGAAAGGGUCAUGAGUUGGAGUGUGAUUCUCUAAGUGUUUUAAAGAGGAAUGCAAAGGACCGUCAAAAACACCAUUUCCAAAAUGAAAUACAUUUGCAUGUGAGAUACAGACAAAUGUAUUGGUGUUAUUCCAAUGUAAUGUUUUUCUUGCCAUUGAAGUGAUAAAAUCAAAUGAACAAGGAGUGUGAAAGUGCACAAAUCUAGAUAUUAAAAAAAAUUUCCCAGCACAAUUUUUUUUCUGUAUGAAUAUGUACAGGAGAACAAAAAAAGCUUCCUGGCUUGCACAUAGAAUUCACUGAUGUUAAAUACCUACCAAGUUGGGAUGCUUCCCUAUAGUAAUGGUCUAAGCUUUUUUAUGCAAAACAGCAUUUACCAAUUAAUAUUCUUGAAUGUAUUUUCUUAGCCAAAGCCAGAAUGCAUUUAUUAGAUGCCUCCUUGCACGUCUGUUUUACCUUAUACCAGCUCUAGUUGAAGGCAAAGAAAAACUGAUCUAGUGUUUGUUUAAAUCUUAUUUGAUAUUUCACUUCCAUUGUACAUAGUAUCUGAGUAUAAUAGGAAGCAUAUCAGAUCGGAAGAUGUGAAUGGUAACAUCAUAUUUGUGUACCAUGUUAAGAGAUCACCAUACAAGAUAAGAGGAUGUUUGCAGAAGUUUUUAAUAUAGUGUCAGCUUAGGCUCAUGUUUCUGGUAAUUGACCGGAAAAUGAAAGAGAAUUAAUGGUAACGAACAACAGGCAUCUCCAUAUAUGCUCAUUUUCUUAUUUUUCAUCUUUUGGGAUGCCUCAUAUGUAAUCUUUCAUUUGUGAGAUGAUUAAUUCAACUCAUUGCGUGCAGGUGACAUUACAUAUAUGCCAAGUCUACUGUAAUUUUAGUUAAUGAAUUGUGUUUAUGUCUAGAUGGUUCCACAUGUGUUUAGCUGUCAAGGAGUCAAUUACUAGUUCCUACCUUUCACAAAUGUUUUAACUUUCCUUCAUUUUUAGUAAAAGUUUUUUGUAUUUUUUGUUGUUAUUAGCAUUUCAGUAACAUCAUGAUUGUUUUGUCAAUGAUGGUAAUAACAAUAUGGAUACUAAUAGCAUUGAAAAUUCAAGGAGUGGGGAUAUGGUGUGAGUUGAGAGCCUAAUAAUUGACUCGGUGAUGGCUGACCUCUAAUGGAUGCAUCUGGCACAACAAACACAAAAGAACUACGGUGGACAGCACAUGCACCUGUGGCUAAUGGGUUAAUGAUAAUUUUUCAUAUUGCAUCAAAUCACUAUGAAAAUUGUUACAUCCAUGUAUGUAGCUUUACAAUAUCCAGUGUGCUUUCAUGUAGCUGCUUCUAUAGAUCUGCGUUCCAGGAGACUAAUUUUAACAGGCUAGAAGUCGGCUAUUUUAGCAUGGAAUUACCUACAAGUGCACAUGAAUCUAAAUGCACAUAAAACACACGCACACGCACACACACACACACACACACACACACACACACACACAGCGCACACUCACACACACACACACACACACA